AUGAACGAAAAGAAGGAGGCAAGCUCAGACUAUAGCUACGAACCCGUUUUAAACAAACCGGCACGGAAACAAACAGACACAUACACUCCAUUUACACCAAACCGAAGUGGCGAUUACAAUAUAUGGUAUAACCGCUACAGCGGGUUUGAGUACAAGCAGUCGAGAGGUGAUAGAGGAAACAUGACAAGGUGUUGUGUAAAAACAGAUGCGGGAACGACAAAAUCACAACCGAACUCACCGUUAUGCAUUCACUUUGCGUUGGGGAAGUGUUUUAAAGGUGGAGAGUGUGUGUACAAACACCAACUCCCCCAACAAGAAGACGAGAAUAGACUUGGAGCCACGACUGACAUUUUUGGGAGAGAGAGGCAUUUGACAGACCGAGAGGAUAUGGGCGGUAUCGGUAAAUUUUCCAAAGAAAACAGAACGCUGUAUGUCACGGGGUUUAAGGGGAACCUACCACCACAACAAAUUGAAGAAAUCCUCAGAAGACAUUUUGCUGAAUGGGGAGAGCUCGAGUAUAUCAGAGUGUUGCCAGUGAGAAAUAUCGCGUUUGUGCGGUACAGAAUGAGGGGAGCGGCCGAGUUCGCAAAGGUCGCAAUGGGAGAUCAAGCUCUUGACGGUGAUGAGAGGUUGAAUGUUCGUUGGGCGUUUGACGACCCGAAUCCAAUUGCGAAAGCUGUCGAAGAGCAAGCUGUUGCCGCGCAGUACGUUGCCCAGGUCAAGAAGGUUUUGGCCGAACGGAGGGAAGAGAAUGAACUUGCUAUUGACGCGAUUCCCAAGAAGAAAGAGGUCACGUACGAUAAUCCGGGUGUCAUUGGGUUUAAAUACUCUUGUACCACAACCACCAUCAAAAGGGAUGGCGUGAAAGGCAAAGAGAAAGAGGUCGAAACUAAAGAUGAGAAGGCGGUUGGUGAGAAAAUCUUGCAAAGCAAAAAGGGGAAGUAUGUUGCAAACAAAUACACGGGUUUUAUGCACCCAUACAGUUAUGGGCUAUUCCAUCCAAAGCAAGUUGAGCUAGCGAAAAAAGACGAAAGCGAUGACAGUGGCGAGGCCGAUAUCAUGAAAGACGUUCCAAAGGAACCAUCCACAAGCGCGCAACAAGACAAACCAAGCGAUACAAAGGAAGAAAAACACGAGCAAAAGUGA